GUCGGCUCCUGGUCCCUGGCCCUUCAGCGGCAUGGCGUGCGGGGCGACGUUGAAGCGGCCCAUGGAGUUCGAGGCGGCGCUGCUGAGCCCCGGCUCCCCGAAGCGGCGGCGCUGCGCCCCUCUGCCCGGCCCCACUCCGGGCCUCAGGCCCCCGGACGCCGAGCCGCCGCCGCUGCUUCAGGCGCAGACCCCACCGCCGACUCUGCAGCAGCUCGCCCCGCCCGGCAGCGAGCGGCGCCUUCCAACCCCGGAGCAAAUUUUUCAGAACAUAAAACAAGAAUACAGUCGUUAUCAGAGGUGUAGACAUUUAGAAGUUGUUCUUAAUCAGAGUGAAGCUUGUACUUCGGAAAGUCAGCCUCACUCCUCAGCACUCACAGCACCUAGUUCGCCAGGUUCCUCCUGGAUGAAGAAGGACCAGCCCACCUUUACCCUCCGACAAGUUGGAAUAAUAUGUGAGCGUCUCUUAAAAGACUAUGAAGAUAAAAUUCGGGAGGAAUAUGAGCAAAUCCUCAAUACCAAACUAGCAGAACAAUAUGAAUCUUUUGUGAAAUUCACACAUGAUCAGAUUAUGCGACGAUAUGGGACAAGGCCAACAAGCUAUGUGUCCUGAAGCUUUCUUGCAUAUCUGGGUACCAGGUUUGACCUCAAGAGAUGGCUACUGUACACUUUUUGCAACUGGUUUGAUAUCACAUUUCAGCUCCAACUUUGCAUCCUGAGAACACUUAAAUGUUUCUGCAGGUCCAUUUUAUACAACUUGAAAGACCUUAAAA